CUUAGAAGACUAAUCAAUUGUUUCUGCUCGGAUCUGGUGUCAGAGUACUACUCAUCUUAAUUAAGAACAAAAUUCGUCAAAAAUCCUGACAAGGAAUUUUCAACAUCCAACACAUCUCACGAUGCCGGAAACACGAAACACAACUUCGACAUACCACCUCUACAACCGUGCAGGGUCGUCAUGUGCGCGCCGAGUCCGCAUCGCCCUAUGUUUAAAACGCGUACCCAACGUCCGUACCCAUGACGUAGACAAGUACUCAAGGACCACCAUCGGAACAAAAGAGUAUCUCGCCAUAAACCCCAGCGGCGCGGUACCCGCCCUGAUCCAAGAAACAACAUCGUCAGGACAUUUCACCAAAUCACGCUUCGUAAUCACGCAGUCCACAGCCAUAUUGGAGUAUUUGGAUGAAACAUUCCCGUCAGUUUGUCCCUUGUUGCCGCCCGUGUCUAAACCGGAGGUGAGAGCAAGGGUGAGAGAGUUGGUAGCGAUAGUGACGCAAGAUAUGUUUCCUUUUGCGAAUCGGAGAAAUGGAUUGAGAUUGCGAGAGGUUGCUGGCGCGGCGGAAGAUGGGCAGCGAGAAUUCAUACAGAGAGCUCUGAACGAGGGUUUCGAUGCUUAUGAGACGAUGGUGGGGAAGUACGGGGGGAGGUAUAGUGUGGGUGAUGCGGUAAGCAUGGCAGAUGUGUGCCUUUUGCCUCAGGUGUUGCAGGCGCAGCUGUGGGGCAUAUAUGUGUUGGGAUGUGAUAGAUGGCCGUUGAUCAAGAAUGUCAUAGGACAACUGGGUAGAAUUGAGGCGUUUGCAAGGGAGAUGGAUGAUAUUGCUGUAGAUGAUGCGACAGUCGUAAAACCACUGCCUUGAAGUAGCGCUCGCAGGUAAUGAGUAGCGGAU